UUCAGAAACUAGAAAAAAUAUCUCUCUUUACUAUCGGUCUUUAUUUUCCUUGUUUUACAGUAAACUUGUGCCCCACAUACCGCAACUUGUGCUAAUUGCAUCAUGAGCAUAUAAAUCAAAGGAUCUGAUUCUGAAAGCAUAUCUGAAUUUGCGUAUAUUGGCAGUAGUUAACAUUAUUCAAUUGUUAAACUUGAUGUCUAUUAGAAGACCCCCAUUCCCUCGUCUCCUCCUUAACAAUGUCUCUUGCAUGAGAAAUGCGCAGCAAGUUCUGCGUCAUGUGAACGUCUCUCUUCAUGACGGAGGAGCACUUAUGCUAACAGGUGCAAAUGGCUCUGGAAAGACAACUUUCCUGCGCAUGUUAGCCGGGUUUUCUCGUCCUUCUGCUGGUGAAAUCCUUUGGAAUGGCCAUAACAUUCAAGAAUCUGGAAUAUUCCAUCAGUAUAAGCUCCAGCUUAACUGGCUUUCUCUCAAAGAUGCUAUUACAGAAAAUUUUACAGUUCUUGACAACGUUCAAUGGUUUGAAGUUCUUGAAGGCAAGCAAGGGAAGGCUAUGCCUGCACUUGAGUUGAUGGGACUAGGAAAAUUGGCCAAGGAAAAGCCAAGGAUGCUAUCCAUGGGCCAGCGGAAAAGACUGCAACUUGCCAGGUUGCUGGCAAUUGAUCGCCCCAUUUGGUUGCUAGAUGAGCCUUCAGUUGCAUUAGAUGAUGAAGGUGUAAAGUUACUAGAGUAUAUUAUUGCGGAACAUAGGAAGCAGGGAGGAAUUGUGAUUGUGGCGACUCAUUUGCCCAUUGAGAUAGAAGAUUCCUUGAUCUUGAGGCUUCCACCAAGGUUUCCGAGGAGGAUGACUUUGGUGGAUAUGCUUGACCGAGCAGAUAUUAGUUAACUCCUAUUUUUCACAUUCUUGUCAAGACAGGAUAAGUUCUGGAAUCAGUUAUGCGCAAUGUCAUUUGUGACAAUUCAGUCUGUAACCUUUGUUCAUGUAUCUUGCAUAAAACAUGUUUUAAGAGUAUCCAAGAAUCAUAUUUUGCGGGGCGGCAUUCAGGCUUUAG